CAUUCCGUUCCCCGCCAACGCAUCCUCAGACCUCUUGGUCCUAUUCCACGCCUCCUUACUUGUGACUAGUAAACCACCCAGCCAUCAACAUGGCCUCAGACUACGACUGGGUCGUCGUCGAUACUGUCGUCGACAUGGAAGGCUUCUCCGCGUCAAGGCCUCCCCAGCACAACAUCCGCAACCUGUCAUCGACCCAGGUCGCCGACACCUCCGCCGACGAGUCGCUGCUCGCCGCCGAGGUGGAGACCCUCAUGAAGCUGGGCCCGAGCUAUGAUCCCUGUACCAAGAAGGCUCCCACCGUCGAGACCAUGGCCUCCGACGACACCCUGAAGGACAACACGAAAGCCGACAACGGCCCACCGGCCCGUCGCCUCGCCCCGCUCGCCGACUGCGGCCUGACCAAGAACAGUCUCGAGCCGUACGGGCACGAGACCGACACACGCAAGGCCGGCGACCUGGGUAGGUGGCUCGAGAGCGCGGCGCCGGGCUUCACCCGCCACUGCGUCGCCGCCGCCGCCGCCGCCGCCGCCGUCGUCGUCGCCUCGCGCGAGUCCAACAGCUACCGCUCCAAGCAGAGCCACGCCGCCGCCACCGACGGCAGCUCCGACCCCGUCUCCCACGCCGACGCCGCCGGCAGCGUCACCAAUGACAUACGAGCCGCCGGGGGGCAGUUUGACGACGAGAGCAUCACGUUUGUGUACGCCUCAGCGUGCCUGUCGUUGGACUAGGGGAGAUGGCCCUGUCGGUUUCGGCUGUUGUGUCGUCGCGCUGUUGUGUCAUUGGUGUGCAUGGCGUACGACAUGUACUUUUAUAUUGCUUUUGUGGUUGA